UGUGACUGACCCGAGCGCAGUGUACAGUGGUAUUAGCGAGCUCUCGUUAGCACAACGAUACAGUUUAACUCGGUAGAAACAGUUCACUCAUGCUAAAUCCGUACGAUACUUAAUAAAAACAUAUGAGUAUUCAUAGUUGUGAUGAAUUAAACGGCUUUUAAAAAGUGCUAGUUUUGUCUAAGCUAGGCCUCGGUUUAACUGCUCUGCAAAUGAAAAGUAUGGAGAACGACCCAAAAUGUAAACAGUGUUGUUAAACAUCUUUGGGGAUUAAUCUGAUACUUUUGGGUACCUACACAACCGCGAUUCAUGUCGCUUGCUAAACCGUUUGAUCUGGAAUUUCAGAAUGAACGGUACGCAGCAAAAUGACCUGAAAAGACAAAACCUGUUAGAGAGACUUCUUGAUGCAGUUAAACAGUGCCAAAUUCGCUUUGGUGGCAGAAAGGAGAUUGCCUCAGAUUCUGAUAGCAGAGUCAUAUGCCUAUGUGCCCAGUUUGAAGCAGUACUUCAACACGGCUUGAGGAAAAGUCGCGGUUUAGCCCUCACAGCAGCUGCCAUUAAACAUGCUGCUGGAUUUACUAGUAAAACUGAAGCAGAGCUGACGUUCUGGUUUUAUGUGAAGGAGCACCUCAACCGUCAUGAGUUGCAGCGCUUCUACUCUCUGCGGAAUAUCACAUCUGAGCAGGGCCGGGGCCGGGCAUGGCUUCGUUGUGCCCUGAACGAACACUCGCUAGAGCGCUAUCUUCACAUGCUUUUGGCAGACCAUGCCCGCCUUAGUGCCUUCUAUGAAGACUGGGCUUUUGUCCUGGAUGAGGAGAGAGCCAGUAUGCUGCCCACCAUGGCUGCAGGGCUCAAUUCCAUACUGUUUGCCAUCAACAUCGACAACACAGACCUAAAUGGCCAGGCCCGCGGGGGGUCGUCUGUGUCCCACCUGCUUAAGGAGUCCACACAGGGCAUGAGCAGUUUGUGGAAAGAGUCUACUCAAGGUGUCAGCACUCUUCUGCGGGAAAUCGGUACUGCCACUGCGGUGGUUCCCGGUUUUAUCCCUCGCUCGGAUGCUUCAUCAGACCCGCUGCCCGUCCUGCCCCGCAGCACUUCUGCAGAUUCCGGUUUAAGAAAAGAGCGCAGACGUAAAAAGAAGAUAACAAACAUUAUCUCUUUUGAUGAUGAUGUGGAAGGUGAGGACGAGGCUGGUGAGGACUUUGUGAGGAGUCUUAGGAAGAGUACGGCGGGUCAUGUGAGUUCUGAAGAGGCUCUGGAACCUCCGGACUCUACCUCUCCCAUUCAUAACGGCUUGACUGAGCCUGGGAUCGUGAGCUGGGCUGAAACACCCCCGCAGAACGGAGUGCUGCCUGAUACCAAGAGCAUUGACAAUGAGGAGGAGGAAGAGGACGAUAUUUACGGAAAGAGCAGGCCGGAGCCCUCAGAAGAGGAUCAUGGGAAUGGGGAGCCGAUGGUUGUGGGGAGUUUAUCCAGUGUUUCCACAUGGAGUCCAAAGCAAAUCAUCACUGAUAAUGACAAUAACAACUCACACAUUCUCGUACCUCUGGCCCCCAGCGAGCCCUACACACAACAAGCUGGUCAUUCAGUUGAGAAUGUCGAAUUUCAUGGAGAGAAGGAGAGCUCAAGCCCACCAACUGACAGUGAAAAACGAAGCCAACUCCAGUUUAGCAUGGAGCCCGACUUGUCAGCGCAGAUUGCGCCUGUGACCAGUGUUCUGCCGACCCCUGGCCUUCCAGAAUCCAUGACCGUUGCUGAACUGCGGCAAGCCAUUGUGGCCAUGAUGAACAGGAAAGAUGAACUCACUGAGCAGAACACGUCUCUGCGCAGUCUCCUGGAUGGAGAGAUGGAGCACUCUGCUGGGCUCAGGCAGGAGGUGGACAGCUUGAAGAAGAGACUGGCUGAACUAGAGGAGAGACAUGCAGCCAAAGUCCAAGCUCUCAUGAGAGAAAAUGAGGUUCUGAAGGUCCAGCUGAAGAAAUAUGUUGGAGCUGUCCAAAUGCUGAAAAGGGAAGGCAGCCAAGGCAAUGACGCAUUAACCAUUCAAAGGAAUUGUGACGGUCUCCCUCCAGCCCCGCAAAACCGGUCUGUGGCUGAUAUAGAGGAACUGGCUGCCAGCUAUGAGCGUAAACUCAUCGAGGUGGCUGAGAUGCACGGAGAGCUGAUAGAGUUUAACGAGAGGCUGUACUGCUCCCUCAUGGCCAAAGACAACCUGAUCGGACAGAUGAGACAGGAACUCAUCGACCUGCGCGGCCCGGUGCCAGGGGACCUGAGCCAGACCUCUGAUGAUCCCAGCCUAUCUGACUUCGAGACAACUCAACGUGCCCUUGUCAACGUGUGGAUCCCGUCUGUGUUCCUUCAAGGUCGGGCUGCCAACACCUAUCAUGUAUAUCAGGUGUACAUUAGAAUCCUGGACAAUGAGUGGAAUGUGUACCGGCGCUAUGCUGAGUUUAGGGCACUGCACAAUUACCUGCGGCCGCAAUUCCCACAAGUCGACGCAUUCAAUUUCCCACCUAAAAAAGCCAUCGGCAACAAGGAUGCAAAGUUUGUAGAGGAGAGGAGGAAACAGCUGCAGUCAUACCUGCGUAAAAUAAUUUCAGAGUAUAUACAUAUAUAUAUAUACACUGCCCAGCCCACAAAGGAAACUUUAUUGAAGUUGCUGCCUUUCUGCCAGGACAACCCGACAGCUAAUGAGAGUGGUGCCAAAACUGCCCGAUCCAAAGCCUCCAGCCGCUUCCCCAGACUAGGCCGCAACUCAGGUCGUGAAACCCGGAACCCGGAACCCCAGAGCGGUGACCUUUAACCUCUGACCGCAAUCCUCAGAACUCAUCAGUAUGGAUGUACCGAGCCAAGGACCUUCUCUUCUAUUAUGGAUGUACUGUACAUAGCGCCACUGUUGGAGACUAGCUGGGUCUAGAAACGACGAACAAAAUCAGCAAGAAAAUGCGGCGUGAAUCGGUUUAGUGGCAGAAGUUUCAGUUACUAUUGUGCCUAGUGAUUUAUAACAGAUGUUGUUUCGGGGAAAAGUCGGGAUGUCAUUUUGACUAACAGCAGUGACAUGAAACUUUUAUGAGACUGUGAUGAGAAUUGUGUGAUUGUCUGGAAAUAAUUUGCACAUCAUCAUAUUGCUUGACACAUGGGACUCAAUUUUAUCUUUCUGUUUGUAUACAUUUUGUUACCAUGCUCUGCUAUGUAUGAGGCACAAAGUUAGAUGUAAUUUUAUUAUGACUGCACUUAUAAUAGAUAUACAAAACAAUCACUUUUCACCUUCCUGUUCACAAUAAACCCAAAAAACAUAUUUCAGAUUUUAGAUGAACGUCCAGUGAUGGUCAGAAUGGGAUGCGUUAGUCAGGUCUGGGCUCUCGCACUCCAGAGCCCUUGUCGUCUGUUCCUGAAAACCUUUCAUUGGAAAUUUCCCGGGCUGCCAUUAUCCUGUAUGACCCCAAGAGUACUGUUACACAGAAACCGGCGCGGAUGGGGCAUUGUGUGGACUGAACGGAAGAGAAUUUCGUUGCAGGGGAACCUCCACUGAGAGAUCAUUUUGCCCUAUUUGAAAUACAAGCACAAUAAUGAUUGGGAUUCAUUACUAAUAAAUAGUAUUUAUAGUUUUAACAUGUUGUAAUGUCAAAGAGAGGAACCAUGAUGUGUUUAAAUGAAUAAAUAGUCCGCUAUCAAACUGAAUGUGAUGUAGAAUUGCCAUCAGAUUCUGUUCAGCUGUAACACAUACAGUAGCAGAUCUGUUGUGUGCUUUGCAUAUUUGUCUGUUUGCAACCUUUUGUACUAGUAAGCAACUGUAUAUGAUGGUUUUUCUUAAACAGUGUAUCUUUUGUCCUAAACGUGACAGGACGCAGCUGUUUUGCAGCCUUAAGAAUACAUGAGCUUAAUGAAUACAUAAAUAAAUACAAGUUCCAA